AUGCAUGAGGGGCGUCCAGCGACUGUGCGUCUUCUCGAUGGAGAAUGUCUGGAGAUCUCCGUCAUUGCCAGGCUCUCGGUGAACGAUGUGCUCACACUGGCCGCACAUCAUUGCCGGCUCACACAGCCGGAUGCCCGCUACUUUGGACUCGCUUUCGUAGAUGAGAAUGACCAUUACCACUGGCUGCAACCGGGUAAGAAUCUGCUUGACUACGAGUUCCCCGGAGAUAAAGCUGUGAUACAAUUGUCGCACAACGUUAGGUAG